CCCGCGGGGCAGCGCGGCGGAGCCGGAGCCGGAGCCGGGGCCGGAGCCGGAGCCGGAGCGGAGGGACCGGGGAAGCGGCUGCGGCCGGGGCCGCGCCGCGCCAUGGCGCAGCAGCAGAUGAGCAGCUCGCAGAAGGCGCUGAUGCUGGAGCUGAAGUCGCUGCAGGAGGAGCCGGUUGAAGGCUUCCGCAUUACCCUGGUCGACGAGUCCGACCUCUACAACUGGGAGGUGGCGAUCUUCGGGCCCCCCAACACCCUCUACGAGGGCGGGUACUUCAAGGCUCACAUUAAAUUUCCCAUUGACUAUCCAUACUCACCACCUACGUUCAGGUUCCUGACCAAAAUGUGGCACCCCAACAUUUAUGAGAAUGGAGAUGUAUGUAUUUCAAUUCUUCACCCACCUGUCGAUGAUCCACAAAGUGGAGAGCUGCCAUCGGAGAGGUGGAACCCUACCCAAAAUGUCAGGACUAUCUUACUGAGUGUAAUCUCUUUGCUUAAUGAGCCCAACACAUUCUCUCCUGCCAACGUGGAUGCAUCAGUCAUGUUCAGGAAAUGGAGGGACAGUAAAGGAAAAGAUAAGGAGUACGCUGAAAUCAUAAGGAAACAGGUUUUGGCCACCAAAGCCGAGGCAGAGAAGGACGGAGUGAAGGUCCCCACUACGCUGGCAGAGUACUGCAUCAAAACUAAAGUGCCUUCCAAUGACAACAGUUCGGAUUUGCUUUACGACGACUUGUACGACGACGACAUCGACGACGAAGAUGAGGAGGAGGAGGAUGCCGACUGUUACGACGACGAUGAUUCUGGCAACGAAGAGUCGUGACCUGCUCCCCCGGUGCCCCUGUACUGCGCUGCCGUCUCAGGCCAGAAGGGAGCAGCGGUAACAUAGCAGCAGUCCAGCAAAAAAGGGGGGUGGGGAGGGCCAAAAGAAAAAGAAACAAACUCUUGUCUCCUGCUGUCUCCCGUUGUAUGGAUCUGUUUGCUCCUUUUAUAUGGACCUCUUAGAGACCCUCCACAGAAUGUCUGAAUUCUUGCAUUCUUACCCUUUUAUUGCUGUAUUACGAUUUCUUUUGGAAAAAAAGGAAAAAAAACAACCCCCUUUUCACCUCUCUGCGCAACAGCUCACAACGAACAGGUUUGCUCGCCUUAGAUUCUUGAGUUGCAGUCUUGCAUUGAGAUGUUUAAUGUGUUUUAAAGCUGGAAUAAACCCACCGGAAGCUGGGUUGGUUUUCAAUUUCUUUUCUGGGGGAGCUCAAGUGCUGCAUUUACUGGGGAAUUAAAACAAGAUCCACAUAAAGCAAAUUGCCAAGGUUUAGCUGCUCCAUUUACAAUAAUAGUGUGUGUACAUUCGUUUAGCCUUGUGAUGGUGGCUUUUCCUUUAUAAGAUGUGGGGCGGAGAGUGUAAAGCUACUGUGUCGAGCUUGAUGGGAUAUCACUGAAAGGUACAGUAUUCCUUUUCCAGCCUGCUCAAGAUAGCUGGUCCCUGGAGCCCCAGAGGGCACAAUCAGCUUUGUCUCUGAUAAAGGCUUGUGAUACAAACCCUAAAAUAAACACUUAACACUUCAUGUCUGUACAGAUGAGCCCUGGGUUGCUAUUUAUUUUAUGUUUUAUUCCUUUUCAGACUAGGUCGGGGUUGGUAAAGCUCAGUUUAGCUAUGCUGCUGAGGCCUGCUGGAGCAGCCCCUCUAUGGAGGGAGGAGAACAGAUGCGCAUCACGCCUGCCCAGCAGGUCAGCCUUCAUCCUCAGCUACUUUUUGGCAGGGGGGGGAUACUGAUAGACUCCUGCCACAAUGCUUGCUAGCAGCCCUUGCUUCCUGCAGCCUGUGUCCAGUGUUUGUGGUGUUUAUGUAGGUCGCACAUUGGUAAAUGCAGAGAUAAAGAGCUGCCUUUGGUGCCUGCCUGGGGUGGCCAGGCUGCCCCUGUGCCUGCAGAAGCUAUGGGGCACCGGGGAUGGAUAUGUACCGGGCUCUCCCUUGCCUUGGGGGGAGAGCACGGGUGCAUGUGUGCAGCCCACCGGAGAGGGGUACACGGUGCUUUCAGGCUGUAAGAGAAGGCCAGCGGCAGGGUUAGGCUCUUUUGCAGCAUGCUUCAGCCGGUGCACUAAGCUCAGCCGUCUGCAUGGGUUUGGGAUCUCUUGGCAGAGCUUAGGGGGGGAUCCGGCUUGCUCGUGUCUGCAGAACCCUCUUCCCCAGUCACUCAGCACCCUCACCCCUUUGCAGUGUGCUGCUCGUGUUUGCCUGUGGUGCAGUGGCCCCAGUUCACCCUUUGCAUGCUCCUGUUGUGCUGAGCCUGCACCUCCAGCAGCAGGGCCGAGGUGCAAGACCCUCCAUCAACACAGGUACAGAGGUGGUGUUACCCUGACAGAGCUGCAGGCUCGGACACCUGCUUCUGCCUCCCCUUGGUGUAUCUCAGGGCUUUCAAUGGUACGUCACCGUCACCGGGGUGCUGUGCUGGGAGUAACCUUUGUUCUGUCAUCAGUCCCAUGGCUGUGUCCUGGGGGGCAAGGAGCAGUGGGAUGGGAGUGAGCACCUGGAUGGAGGGCAGCCCGUGGGGCAAUGAAGGCUGAUGGGCUCUCUGCUAGUGAUGUGCAUCCAGGACACAGCUGGGCUGGGAUGUGCUGCAGUGGUGAUGCCUUGUCCCCCAGUGCUCCUGUGACUGUCUCCAGCCCGCAUGGUACCUGGGGAGGCAGCCAGACCCCUCCUGCAAGUGUUGCCCCAGCUCAUCCCACUUCCAGCAAGGGGAGGCUCAGCCCCUGGUGUUUGUGGUGCUGGAAGAGGUGCAGUCAUGGGGCUGCAUGGGGAUAGGGACACCACUUACCAUGUUCCGAGUGCUGUUUGGAGGGUGAAGGAGCAGAGUGUGGCUGUGCUCAUGGCUUGAAAUGAGGAUACUGCAUCUUUCAGGAUUCCCCUUGUACUUUUGACCGUCUUCACUGUAUACUCUCCAGUGACUGUAUUUUCAAGCUUGGUGUUGUAAGAUGCAUUAUCAUGACUCUACCUUUUUUAAACCCAAAAGCAAACUAUUUUGAGCGCUCCUACAUUGAUUGAACUGAUUCCUCUUCCCUGCUGUCCUGUGCAGUGUCAUUGCUUGUUGACUUGCUGGUUUCCUUUCUCUUUGAGAUACAAACUGAAGUAUGAGGGUGGUUUUUUUUUUUUUUGUUUUGUUUGUUUUUGGGUUUUUUUAACUAUUUAAGAGAUUGCAGAAAAAAUGUUUACCUGAUCUGUGUAUUCUGGAGUUUUUAUCCUGACCUUUUUCUCCUGUCUUGGCUGAUAUUAGCGUUUACAUUUGCAACUACAGCCCCUUUCAAAUGCAGUUUUCACCCAUUCUGAAACCAGCAGGGUACACUAGAUUUCUAAGUAGUUUUCUUAGGUGGAAGCCCAGAUGUUUUUCCUUUUGUUUUUCUCUUCAGUAUAAUUUACCAGAAAUAAUGAACUGAUGCAUUUUUGUGUUGUCUUCCCCUUCAGUAGUUAUAUUUUGUCUUUUCUGCACAUCUGUCUACUAAUAAAAAUGUGAAAUGAAA